GGAAUGAGGCGCGAAACAGUGGCGUCUAGUUGCUUAUCGCUCAACGACUUCGUGUAAUUAUCGGAUCUAAAUAUUGUUCGUUCUAUCGAUUUCUUUUUUUGUGUGUGUAACUCUAACUUGGUUGAUAUUUAAAACUAAUUUAAGUAUCUCGGGGUGAAAAUUCAUUUUCUAUUCUCCGUCGUUAGUUCUCCUCGACGGCUGAAGAAAAGUCAAGAUGUCGUUGGUCCACAUUGAAAUAAAAGCGAAAUAUACGUUACCCUGAAGCGGAUUUUCUGGAAGUUUCGACGGUCUGUUAAAAUUGACACGGCAGACGCCAAAUACGAAGCCGAAGAUACGCUUAGACUCUGGAGUGAGUCACGGAGGAAAUCACAAUGUGUUCUAUUCCGGGACUCCCAUCAAUGGGUUCAAAUGUACCCGUACUCAUUACCAGAGUAAAUCUGAACCCAGCAUGUGUUCUGGUGGAGUUUUGGGGAAAUUUUGAUCAAGACCGAAAAUUUGCUUAUCAGCAACUGAAAAAGGAGAUUCAAUACCCCAGAGAGGGUUUUUGUGAAUUGGAUGGAAACCCUGGUGACUUGUGCCUCGUACGAGUGUAUGAAACAUGGUACAGAGCCCGUAUAGUGUCCAGAGAUACUGACGAGUACAGUGUGUUUUUAAUCGAUGAAGGCAGAACGCUGCGUGCCACUGUAAACACUUUAGCAUGGGGCAAAAGUGACUUUUUCUAUCUUCCCCCUGAAGUUGAAUUCUGUGUUCUUGCCAAUGUUCUGCCACUGUCUCCUGAAAACAAAUGGUCAGCAAUGGCCUUGGAGUUCAUGAAGACUUUCUGUGGUCGUAGAGUUAAUGCCACUGUUCAAGAUGUUCUUGUGCCCCAUCGAACAUUCCUUCUGGACAUUCCUUGCCUAUCAAGACAGAUGUUAGAAAUGGGCUUUGCCAAGAAGUUAUACAGUGAUUGUUUCAAAGAGUUUGUUGCCAGAUCUUUGCAGGCCAACAGUGGAACUGGAGAAUCUCAUAGAAUUUCUUCAAUUAGUACCAAACCAAUUGAGAUCAUUGAGCAAAUAGAGAAGCAGCAAGUCUACAUGUACCCCGAGCUGCAAACUGAUACUGUUGAGACUGUUGUGGUCACAGAAGUAACAAGUCCAUUCCGAAUAUUCUGCCAGCUUAAGGUUUUCUCUCAGGAGCUGAAAAAGUUAACUGAACAGAUAACUCAGCAUUAUGAGGGGAGAGUUGGAUGUAAUUUUGCAAGGUCUGAGAAUUUAGGCAGCCCGUGUGCAUCAAGAGGGAGUGACGGCAAGUGGUAUCGGUCAGUGCUGCAGCAGGUCAUGUCUGCCAACAAUUUGGUUGAGAUUUUGCAGGUGGAUUAUGGGAAGAAACAAUUUGUUGAAGUUGAGAAUGUCAGACCACUUGCCCCUGAAUUUUUCAGGAUGCCUGUUGUAACCUACGUGUGCUCCCUUCAUGGAAUAGCCGACAGAGGUAUUGGAUGGACAGCUGCACAGAUUGAUUAUCUGAAGUCUCUCCUGCUCAACCGCACAGUGAUUGCAAAGUUUCAGUAUCAAAGCCUUUCUGAAGGUGUCCACUAUGUCACGCUUUACGGACAAGAGAACACAUACAUCAACAAACUGUUUGAACUGAAACAGAAAAGUUCACUGGAUUCUGAUAUGACCCUUACAGACUUUGCUAUUAAGAAGAUCCCAUCAUCUCAACAGACAGCCUUGGCUGCACACAUUAAUGAAACCUACUCUGACCUUAAAGGGAACAAACCAGUCUUUUUCACGGAAAGUCUCACACCUAACACAUCGUAUGAGGCUGUUGUACAGCAUGUUGAGAGCCCUGGUAAGUUUUGGAUUCAAACUCAUCGAUACGCAGAUGAAUUCAGUCAGCUAAUGGAUGGCCUUGGAAAUCUUUACAGUGAUUCAACAAGCACUAACGGAUUGUUAAGAAAGCCUGUUGUUGGUCUCCUCUGUGCAGCUAAAGCUCAAGAUGGUGUGUUCUAUAGAGCAGCUAUCUAUAAGUUAAUUGACAAGAAAGUAGAAGUUUACUUCCUCGACUAUGGCAAUACAGAAGUUGUUGAUACUUUUGAUCUCCGACAGUUGCCUCCGAGAUUUCAGCAGCUGCCUGCUGUGGCAGUAAAGUGCUCCCUCUAUGGCAUUAAAUCCAGACUGAAACAUUGGGAUGAGAGGGCAACAUUGUUCUUUUCGAAACUCAUUGAGGACAGAGUACUUGAUUUGCAUGUAAAAGAAAAGCGCCAAGACACUCACAUGGUUCAGUUAGUGGAUCCAAGUUUAGAUGGAGAAAAUGAUGUGAGCAAGUUGUUGUGCAGUGCAGAUUUUGCAGACAGUGAAAAGAGCUUUGUGGAUAAUUCUGCCACUAGAUCCUGUGGUUUAAAAUCCACCCAUGCCUCUGGUGUAUUCUUGACAGGAGCUCGGCCUCAAAUGCCUUCCAGUUCUUCUGCCAUAACGGACAGUGCAUCUGCUUUUAAGGAAUACUUGUUUCCGAUUGGAAGCUCACUGGAGGUAACUGUAUCCUACAUUGAGAGUCCAAAUGACUUCUGGUGUCAAAAAGCUAGAAAUGCAGCAUGUUUAGAAGUGCUAAUGCAGGACAUUCAGCGUUUCUAUGCUAAUAGUGAAUUUCAGCCACCUUUGGAAGCUGCUUGUGUUGCCUGUCAUCCUGAAAGUGGUAUAUGGUACAGAGCAUUGGUCAUUCAAAAGCACCAAACACCUCAUGUUGAUGUUUUGUUCAUUGACUACGGACAGACAAAAAAGGUAGCUGUUGAAGACCUUCGAAAGAUCACUCCAGCAUUCUUGAAGAUGAAAGGACAAGCCUUUCGAUGCAGUUUGUAUAACCUGAUCCACCCAGUAUCUCACUCAGCUUUAGACUGGAGCCCGGAAGCCACAUUGCAGUUUCAAGAGUUUGUUGACACAGCAGCGUCCAUGAAUGUGCCCCUAAAAUGCACCAUAUUUGCUGUGAUGUAUGACUCCCAGAAAGUUGUGUUCAAUGUGGUGGACUUGGAGACCCCAUUCCAAAGCAUUUGCAAUGUCCUUGUCCAAAGACGUCUAGCUAAUCGUGCUCCUUCUAAGAAAGCUCCUCUUCCACCCUUUCGCCUGGACACCUACUAUUUUUCCACACAUGGAGUCAAGACUGGAUGUGAAGAGGAAGUGAGUAUCACUUGUGUGAAGAGUGUCACUCAGUUCUUUUGCCAUCUUGCCAGGAAUUCAGAGGAGAUUGAAAAUCUUUCAAACAUGGUUAACUCCUUAUGCCGUCAGCUAGAGGUAACCAAGUGUCCUCAGACUUUUGGAACAGUUUGCUUUGCAAAAUAUACGGAUGGACUUUGGUACAGAGGCCACAUAAAGUCUACAAACCCAUCAGUUGUGGUCAACUUUGUGGAUUAUGGAGACACAUUGGAAGUUGACAAGUCUGACUUGCUUCCAGUUCCAAUUGAAGCAGGAGAGAUUAUGUCUGUCCCAGUGCAGGCAAUUGAAUGUGGGCUGUCAGAUAUGCCUGAAGAUGUGCCGUGUGAAGUUGGGCAUUGGUUUCGGAAUUUUGCUGACAGUCAUUGUUUCACUGCUUUGGUUGUGGCAAAAGAUCCAGGAGGAAAACUUUUGAUGGAGCUUUAUGAGGGAAAAACUCAAGUGAAUGCACUGAUCAGACAGAAGUUUCGCAAUGAAAUCCUUAAAAAUGAAGAAAGCGCAUUCAAAGGAUAUAGUUCAAAGAACAGAAUUGCACAAACUGGAGCAACCCAUAUGAAGGAAAGUUCCAGUGGUCUUAAGCAAGAUUUUGUGGAUCACGUUUCACAGUCUAGUGAAAGUUAUGCAGCACAACAAGGAAAUGUUGGAUCAAAACAGCCACAGAGCAAGUGGGGAUUCCAUACAAAUGAUGUACUAGAAUCAACAAGAGAUUUUGUUACAUUUCAUAAUUCCCAGAAAAGGCUUGAACCACAAAAAAAGGCAAGUGAUAAAGCUGAUGUGCAUCGCCCUUGUACAUCUGACAAAACUGAGGGUGUUAAGUCCAAGUCCCAGGCUCUUUUUAAAGAAUCGGCGCUCCCAGUAAAAAUAAUACAACCAGGUCUGGAAGCUGAGGUAACCAUCUCUCAUUGCAAUAGCCCUUGUAGCUUCUUUGUUCAGUUUGCAACUGACGAGGAUGAUAUUUAUUCGCUAGUGGAGAAAUUGAAUGCUGACCAGUCACACUGUGCCAACAUUGAUCCCAGUGAUAUUUAUGAGGGAGACAUGGUUUGUGCAAUGUUUCCUGAAGAUAACUCCUGGUACCGUGCAGCAGUAAGAAAAAACAUCUGUGACACUGUUGAUGUCGAAUUUCUUGACUUUGGAAACACGGCUACAAUUUCUGCUUCAAAAAUACGUUGUCUUGAUCAGUCAUUUGCUUCAUUUCCGAGGUACAGCAUCCACUGCUCUGUACAUAAACUGAAUGUUGAGAGUGGAGACCAAGAACUUGCACCCAACUUCAAACAGGUAAUUGAACAAAACAUUGAAAAAGUCAUGUGCACAUUUGUGAAAAUGAUAGGUGCCGUUUGGGAAGUAAAACUUGACGUUAAUGGUGUAGUGUUGGGAUCCACCUGUAGGGAUGAUGUUAAGCUUACUAGCCAAAGUGUAAAGCAGAUGUUUGAAAUCAAGGUGUGUACCCAUUACAAGAACCCUUAUAUACCGGCUGGUCAAAUGAUCACUGGAUACACCUCAUUCAUCAGGGGUCCUCAGCUCUUCUGGUGUCAGAAUGCGGCAACGGACAAACUUCAAGAGAUUUCUGAUUUAUUACAAAAUGCCGGUAAUGCAUCGGAUGAAUCUUUGCAUGAGGAAUCUCUUGUAGUUGGAAGUGCUUGCAUUGCUCUUUUCCCUGAAGAUAAUUUGUGGUAUCGAGCUAAAGUUACAUCUAGGGACCUCAACACACUAUCCAUAACCUUUGUAGACUAUGGAAAUGAUGCAAAAGUCAAGAUCAGUGAUGUUAAAGCACUUCCACCCGGGCUAUCAGACGUGUCUCCUCAGGCAUUCAGCUGCCAGCUUGAAGGUUUUGAUCUUUCCAAGGGUUUCUGGGCUGAAGAGGCAGAUGAUGUGUUCUUUGAGCUAGUUAAUGACAAGCUUUUAAAUAUCACUGUUGAGAAAAUGGGGAACUCUGAAAUGCCACACUUUGUCAAGCUGGAUUGUAAUGGUGUUGUCCUCAAUGAUACCAUGAGAAGCUACUGGAAAAGUCCUGAAACUCCAUCUGUUGACCACUUAAGUGGAGCAAAUGUGGUGUCAACUGAUGCCUCUGUGGCUGCUGAAGUUAAUAUUGUCUCGGUAGUUAUCCAUGAUUCAAACACUGACCAUGCGGACAAGGAAACCUCCAACUCCCUUAUCGAAAUACAGCAUUCUGAACAAGACCAGCUUGAUUUACUUACAAGUACGAAAGUUGAAAAUGAAGCUCAGGAUGAGCCUCUCAAGAUAAUUGCUGAAGAUAUUGCCUCACCUGACGCAGUGAGUGUAGUGCCCUCUGAUGCACAGGAGUACCCUGAAACCAUAUGUGUCAUUGAAAGUGCUUCAGCUUUCACAAAUGCUUUUGCUAGAGAGCCAAACCCAAAGCUUUUUCCUGUAAUUUUGCCAGAGCAUUCUGAGGGAGCUACAGCUAGUAUUUCCUCAGAGAAUAUAGAUAGCUUUUUGAUGAAUAACACAGAUUCUCAAUUAUGGCUUGAGGAACCAGAGCCACCACCAUCUGAGAUCAUUCAAUCAGACUUGGGCUACAUAAGGCAAGCAAAAGGGAAGAAGCCCGCUGGUUCAGAAUGUGUGAUAUGGUCUCAUGUAAGAAGAAACUGGUGCACAGCACGAAUUUUAAAAAGUUCUGAGGAUGCUGCAUUGGUGUUGCUUGUGGAACAUGAUUCAGAGGUGGUAGUAGAUCCUCUCAACAUCUAUGAAAUUCUGCCUGACAAGCCAUUGCAGACUUCUUGCACUGAAGUUCCAAGACAUGAAGUGACCAAGGAGAAACGUGCUGCAUUGCAGAAUAGUUCUUCAAAGGUGGACGAUACAAAAUACGAGACUCUGGUCAUCUCAGAGUCAGAAGAACCAAAUGGUGAAAAGAAACAAAUUGACCAAAUGGAUCCAGGUGAUGAACAUGCAGGCCAGCCUCAAGUCACAGGGUUUGUGUCUUCUUCCGCUGUUGAAGACUCUGAGGGUGCACUGGGGGAAGGUGCGCAAGUGCACAACCUUGUUCAAGUACUAAGUCCUGAACCAGUAGAAAGUAAGGAGCCACAAGAGGAUUUACACACUUUAGCUGGAGAACAAAGAGAAGAUCCUGCCAACGUGAGCACUGGAGUGGAUUUACUGAUGGUUUUCCUUGACGUGACUCCCCAUGACAAGGGGGUGUGUGAGACUGAGCAAAAAAUGGAUGACUUGCUUGAAGAGUUUAAUAAUGUUACAGAAGAUCUUAUUGUCUUAAACAGCGACGGAUCAGAGUCUGACACUGCAUCUGACAGCACGCUUCAGGGAGAUCCAGUUGUUUCACAAAUCAAUGUUGAUGCUGAAGAAUCUUUAUGUUUACAAGAAACGUCCGCAUCUGAUUGUACCAGCGCAGAUGAUUCGCGGGUUACUCAUCUGACCCUAAAGGUUGAGGACGCAUCUGACGAUGUCAUUUUUGUUGGCGUUUUGCAAAAAUCCAAGGCAGAAAUAUAUGAGCCAGAGAGUGAAAAUAGAAAAACAGAAGAUUGACUCACGUAAACCUCACAGAAGAUGGUUGAUUUAUCCUAAGCAAGUUAUGUAAUGUUUUUUUGUUUGUUUGUUGUUAAUCAUUCUAAAAUUGCACUUCUGCUUGUUCAUGAGUAGAGCUGUAGUUUAGUUUUUUCCUGUUACGGUUCAGUGACUUGCAGUCCCUCUUUGCAGCUGUAGGCUGUUUUUGUUUUUUCAGUUACUAAACAGCUUUAUUUAUGUUCCUUUAUUGCAUUUUGAAAAUGUUUGUAAAUUGUACUUCUUUCAGGGAUUUUUUUUUUUUGUUCAAAUGCUCUUACAUGUUUACAUUUGUGGUUAAAAAGCAGUUUGCUGCCUUUUGUGGAUACUUGUUAAAAUUUUCUUUAAUAAAAUUGCAACUUGUGUGUA